AGAAGAGACAGGGUCUUGGCUGCUUGCCUCUCAACUCCAACUCAACACUAGACAUCGCAAUCUUCACGCGAGGCCACCAUGUCUGUGCUCUUGCAAGAUACCGCGACCACGGAAGCAAGUUCAUCUACCAAAAGUAGGGUAAUGGAACGCAACCUCCAAAAACUGGUCGACGAGAUCAAAGACGAGCUUGGAUCUUGCGUCAAGUCCUACAAGUUGCCCGACUUCGCUGGCUCAUUCGUUCCCGACUUGGACAUGCAACGCAUUUGGAUUGACGACCGAAUCCGCUUCCUCUUCGCCGUCGCCAGGCCGCCCCUCGGCGGUAACGGCCUCGGAGGGUUCCAACUGACCCAUCUGCGUUCCAAAGCCCUUCCUCUCCUCUCCUUCGCCGCCUCCAUCCGCCGGUCCCUCGACUGGUUCCUCGAGACCUUCCCUCGCUUGGUAUUUACCAGCAAUGGAUGGCUAAGAACAGAGACCGACAUCCAAUUUCCUCUUUCCAGUAGCGACCUGAACACCCUCCUGGGGGAAAAGCUCAGCACAGAAGAUUUCAAUCUACACCUCCACUUCGCCCCUCGCGUCACACUCAAACUUGGGGCCCAUGCCGAAUCCGUACUUGAAGUUCAAACAAGGGACGCCCUGCCUCUUGAGACGCAAAGCGGCCGCGCUCCAAGGGAGGUCGGGUCAUAUGGAACAGUAUACCUCUGUCGCAUAAUCCCCGAGUACGCCGAGGUAUAUUCCGACCACGACAGCGAAGUAUCCAGGCCAUUAAAGUCACGCCCCGUAGCUGUCAAGGUGUUCCACGAGAAGGAGCUAGCAAAACGAGAACUCGAAAAUCUCAAACUUCUCAAGCGAAUUGCGAGCAACCCUCUGGGUCAACAUCGGAUAACUCUUCAUCACACCAUUGUGCAGCACACCGAAGGUCGAGAGACAGAGGAUCUCCCGACGCCGCUGAUUAUCUUCCCUUUCGCGGACCUGGGCAACCUCCUACAGUUUUUAGAUAGCUCGAGCGCCCUCGGUGACGUUAACGGUCUUUUCAGAUCCCGAACCUUCGACGAACGGUUUCCCCAUUUCCCCCCUCUACCGACACCACCACACGACACGGCCCGAUUUAGACGAGCGUCCGAGCUCCUCCUGCCACAAUGCAUUGCUCUUGCUAAGGCUUUACGCUUUCUGCACAGCAACAUUGAGGAAAGUGGUCAAGUUUACCUGGUUGCUCAUAUGGACAUCAAACCCGACAAUAUUCUUAUAUCGUCUCGCCAAGGCCACCACGUCGGUUGGUGGAAGCUGGCCGACUUCGGUAUUUCUGCAAUUCACUCACGUUCUCUGGUUCAUGCAUUGGACGCGACAGGAAAUGGCUUUGAGGGCUAUGACUGGAACCGUACGAUUGGCACGUUGGCUCGCCGCGGACUCGGCACGCACCAGGCGCCCGAGAUCGAACGCUCGUGGAUGAGCAGGAGGCUACCGAAGGAGCAGUGGGUGCAUGUCGGUCGCAAGGGGGACAUUUGGUCCUUUGGAGUCAUCCUAGCCGAGGUGCUUGCCUUUGCUGAGGGUGGCAAGAAUGGGGUCAAGAAUUUUGAGCUGAUGCGUAAAAGCACAAACCUGAUUGGGGACCAGGGCUUCAGCAACGAUGACUUUUGGGAUCCGAUGCCUCCCGGUUCACCCCGUCUUCGGCCAGCUGUGGGACAGUGGCUGGAACAGGUCAAGGGCCGGUGCCCGGCUUCUGCCCCAUGGGUAGAGUGCAUUGAAGACACUCUCGUGGUAGACCCCCACGCAAGACCUAGCGCCGAACAGCUCGCUCAGUAUGUAAAUCGGGUGCUUUUUACUCCACCGCCAGCAAAUCCCUCUCAUCAGUCUCCCGCCCAACCCGCUGUCCCGGUAUCUCCUCCGUCUGAACAGGCUCUCAACUCAAGCCAGGGCUUGCCCAACACACCGCAGCCGUCGUACCCUCCUCAAAGUCGGAACCCGUCAGUACGGGCAGAACCCGAGCCGCAGCCACAGCCACGACCAGCCCAACACUCGGACAGAUCGGAGACGUCCAGCAUCGCGGCUUCGAGUUCGUCUGCUCCCCGUUCAUUCGGUGACCGGGUGCUAUCGGCAAUCCUCCAAAAUGUUGGAAGAGCCGGUCACCACUGAAGUCAUUGCCGUGUCAAUGGACGGCCUCAGGGUUGCUUACCUGACCGAAACGACGAUGGACGUAUUCAACAACAACCCGACUCCGCCGUCGCGGAAGCCCUAGAUAGCCCCUCAUAUCCGUUCAAGCUGCUAGAAAAAGAGGGCUUCGAGAGGAAAUGGACGGGUUUGGCCAUGGGGAAGCAUCACAUAGCCAUUUGCGGAUUUGAAAAACCUAAGGGGAUUCUCUCAGGCUUCAUGAAACCAGCGACAAGAUCGCCUCUGGUACGACCAUCUGCUUUGUCAAUAAUACUGCUGGGAAAAGAGCUCACCUAGCCCCUGAUGUGCGCUGGGCGCGGUAGUUGCUUAUAUUACCGCUGCCACAACAUCCACACCACCUCCUGGCUCAAGUAGCCUGGGUAGAGAUAGGCAGUAGCACUCAGGCCAUUCAACACUUGGACUACGACAAAAGAGUUUCCGUCUCUCCUAAAGGCCUCGCCGCGCUGAUCCCCGACCAUGCCGGGGAGGUGCUGGUCUUUGACGUAAACAACCCCGCACGAGAGGCGCUGCGGUUGAAGCCCGACCAGCCACGGCCCGGAUUGGAGGAUGUGGCGUUUAGCGAGGACGGCCUGCCCCGAUAGCGGCGGCGCAUGAUGCUUCGUGGCCACGAAGCACCUGACCAAGCUCUUUGCGUCCCCACCCGCCCUGGGCGGUGGCGGCGGCGGCGGCGGCAGCACCAGCACCGGCAGCACCAGCACCAGCAGAAUCAGAAGCAGCACCAGCAGCCGAGCAGCGUCGCUCGGGGGACUGGACCAGACCCUGCAGCCGCUGGCGCUGCCCGCCGCGGCUCGCCGCAAGCUCCGGGCGCUUUGCGGCCACGGCGGCCACCUGCUGACGGUCGACAAGGACGGCCAGGUCCACGAGUACCCCGUGGGGAGGCCUCAAGACGGGAGCGCCGGGCCCCUGCAGCUCGAAAGGGCAAACCCAUCUGCAGCUUUGACAGAAGGCCCAAACCUGGGGCAAGACUGGGGGCAUAUUGGUACCGAGACGCCGGUCUAGGUCUCGUGGUACUGUGCCACGUCGACGGCGCAGUGGAGGCUUUUAAGUUCACACAGUCUUGACAGCCAAGGGGCAUGGAAUAGGGUUGACAUGCUUGAGAAGCCACAUCGGGGGCCCACUGUUUUCUCUUUUCUCAUUUUCCUUCGUUUGCUCUUCUUUCAGUAUUUUUUUUAUUUGCUGUACCAGUUACACGAUACCCUGGGGAUUUGCCAUUUCCUUUUCUAAAGCCGCCUUUUGUUGCAGGUUGUUGUGCUGUGGCGACCAGGCCUUCCCAUCAAUUCAGUGGCUAGGUGAGUGAUGCAGGGGCUGCUGCUGCCAAUCCAAAUCACGUGUCCGCGCAACCCUUCCAGCAGAUGUCGGCCAAACCUCUUCCCUCUAUGUCCAUUUUAUUGCCUCUUGCUUUUGUUUAAAAUUUUCAGGACUUCUCCUCGCUUGUCUGUAACGACAUUGAUGGUUAAUGGAAGGAAUGCGAAUCCG